UUGAAGUUUAAUGAGCUACUCUAAAAUGAAGUUAAUAUUUUUCCAAACAUAUUUUUUAUUGCUUGUAAACAUAAUAGUUGCAUCCCAAAGUGGAGAUAAUGUGUUACGAACUCAACUAAUACAAGGACGCAUUGUGGCUGGACAAGAUGCUACUGCCAAUCAAUUUCCAUAUCAAGUUUUCAUGAAAGUGCAAUAUGAUAAGCACAAUGGCGCAACAUGCGGUGGAGUUUUGAUUGGUAAGAAUUGGGUACUAACCAUCGCCAAAUGCACACAGAAUGUCACUAAUGCUACUCUGUACUUGGGUAGCAAUGAGCGCAACAGUUUUCCCGUUGUUAUCAGCGUGCAAGAAAAUGAAAUUUUUCCACAUCCCGACUAUAACCCGAAAUAUCACAACAACGACAUUGGUUUAAUAAGAAUACCACCACUGACGCUGAAUGACACUGUAAAUAUUAUUAGACUGCCUUACAUGGGUACCACGAACACUUAUGCUGAUCAAUAUGCUUAUGCUGUUGGUUGGGGUGACACUAAUUCAGCUAAUAAUCCACAAGUUCUGCAAUAUGCAGCUUUUGAAGUUAUGACGAAUGCACGUUGUGCUGCUAUUUAUGGUUCUUUAGUUGUGACGGCCGGAACAAUGUGCAUACGCACCACGGAUGGCAUAUCACCUUGCUACGGUGAUGCUGGUGGUCCAUUAGUAUUGGAACAUGAAAACAUUUUAAUUGGUUUACAAUCAUUUCAAGCGACCGGUGGUGAUAGUUGCUAUGCUGGUUACCCAUCAGGCCUCGUUAGAGUCUCUUACUAUUUGGAUUGGAUCAAAAAUAUAACCGGCAUUGUAUAUUAUGAUUAUUGUACGUGUAAGAAUUAAUAUAAA